AAGGGUGUGCGUUUUGAAGGUUGUAUGAAGCUAAGCACCACUGCGGAGAAGGACCAGUCGGCUCUUGGCUUGACUACCCGACACGAGCGUCCUGAAGCCGGGGUGGAGCACAUCCCUCUCCCCCCUCCUCCACCUCCUCCUCUCAGCUACUCUGCCGGUCGGUCCCCCUCCUCUUGAGCUCAAACUCCCACCAAGGUCUUGUCCUCCGUGGAACACAGCUGUAAAUGCCGCAUACACCGACAUGAAUAACUAAAAGUUUACCUUCAUAAGACACGUCGGAAAAUGCGAUGUGACAGUUUUUGCGACUCUGCCUCAAGGUCAGUAUCCGAGCAACGACGCUUUACGUCCGAGUUUCUUGGCCAGUGGAAGACUGAAGGGGGGGGGAUGCCGCUGUGUCUGUCUUGCCUCCAGCAUCAACAAUGACAUAUUUCACCGAGCGAUAAAGCAGUCCACUCGGAGACGGACCAACUUGUAAAAAAAAAAAAAAAAAAGACUGUUGCUGUAAAAAAAACAAAAAAAAAAACAAAAACAAAAAACAACACAGUGGCUGCUCUGAAAUUCAACUCUUUCCAGUCGUUUCCUGCUUUGCUCCAUCGGCCUCCGCGGGUCCGACUGUUUACCUGGACAUUAAACGCAUCAUCACUCAAGUCAAGGAAGCUAACACCGUCUGACAACAUGCACUUUUGGUUCGGUUUAAGCUAGGUCCACCAGUUAUUCAUGUCAUUCUGGACGGUUCCCCAGUCGGUUAACCGGCGUAUGCUUUCGAAGUCACAGAAAAGUUAGCGCCUCCAACUUCCUUAAACUUCCACUGACUGUGUUUUUUUUUCUUACUUAUCGCUUGUGUUAUUAAGCGACAUGCCUUCACUGACAGAUUCAGGCGUCGGGAAGAAGAGUUUACCGGAGCGGGGGCUGCUCCUGCUGGUGGUCUGGGUGUUACUGGAGGGCUCUGUGAUCCCACUUGGGGUUGCCAGCUCUCCGGAUGUCAAACUUGAGGAAACACACGCCAACCUCACAACGGAUCAUAAGGAAAAGAAGGUUUUUCCCGUCCUGGACCUCGACUACCACCAUGUACAGACCCCCUUUGAGAUCUCAUUAUGGGUGCUGUUAGCCUCUUUGAUGAAAUUAGGGUUUCACCUGAUCCCCCGUCUGUCCAACAUUGUACCAGAGAGCUGCCUGUUGAUCACAGUGGGUUUGCUGGUGGGGGGGCUUAUCAGGCUAGCUGGAGAGAAAGUCCCACCCGUUCUGAACUCCCACUUGUUCUUCCUCUGCCUGCUGCCGCCCAUCAUCCUGGAUGCUGGCUACUUCCUGCCCAUUCGCCCCUUCAUGGAAAACCUGGGCACAAUUUUAAUGUUUGCCGUGGUGGGCACCGUGUGGAACUCCUUUUUCAUCGGGGGUCUGUUGUAUGCUGUAUGUCAGAUCACACCUGCUCCCUCCAGCCUCCACCAACUGGAACUGCUGCCUUGCCUGUUGUUCGGUUCCAUCAUAUCAGCGGUGGAUCCCGUCGCCGUGUUAGCUGUUUUUGAGGAGAUCCACAUCAAUGAACUCUUGCACAUCCUGGUGUUUGGUGAAUCACUGCUCAAUGACGCUGUCACUGUGGUGCUGUACCACCUUUUCGAGGAGUAUUCAGGCGUUGGCACGGUGACAGUGUUGGACGGCGUCCUCGGAGUCAUCUCAUUCCUGGUGGUGUCUCUUGGCGGCGUCCUAGUCGGAGCUAUCUACGGGAUCCUGGCAGCCUUCACCUCACGCUUCACCUCCCACAUACGGGUCAUCGAGCCACUUUUUGUCUUCGUGUACAGUUACAUGGCCUACCUGUCAGCGGAGAUGUUCCACCUCUCUGGCAUCAUGGCGUUGAUUGCGUGUGGGGCAGUGAUGCGACCCUAUGUGGAGGCCAACAUAUCACACAAGUCCCACACCACCAUCAAGUACUUUCUGAAGAUGUGGAGCAGCGUCAGUGAGACCCUGAUUUUCAUCUUUUUGGGUGUAGCUACAGUCGACGGAGACCAUUCCUGGAACUGGACCUUCGUCACCGUCACCGUCAUUCUGUGCCUGGUGGCACGGGUCAUAGGCGUGGUCGGUCUGACCUAUGUGAUCAACAAAUUCCGGAUUGUCAAACUCACCACCAAGGACCAGUUCAUCAUAGCCUACGGUGGUUUGCGAGGGGCCAUCGCCUUCUCCCUGGGCUUCCUGCUGGACAGGGAUGUUUUCCCAAAGAGAGACCUGUUUCUUACUGCCAUCAUCACUGUUAUCUUCUUCACCGUCUUCGUUCAGGGCAUGACCAUCAACCCCUGGUGGAGUGUUGGCAGUGAAAAAGAAACAGGAGGCCAAACGCUCGAUUAAUGAGGAGAUCCACACACAGGUACAGCCUU